CCUGCCCCCCCCCCCCUCCCGGCCGCCCGCACCGCGCCCGCCGCUCCCCCUCGGCUCGGCCCGCACUCGGCUCCCCUCGCGCCCCCCCCACCCCCCCCGCCUCCUCAGGGCCCCUCCGCAGGGCUCCGCCGGGAAUGUGAGUGAGGCAGCAGCCAUCGCAGGCAGGGGGCCGCGCCGAGUGCAUGGGACUGAGCGGAGCCCGAGCAGCCGCCCGCUCCUGAACCCGCCGCCAACGCCGCCCUGCGCUGGGGAGGCCGCCAACGCCGCCGAGGCCUACAGGCUCCUGCGCCGCCGCCGCCGCCGCCGCCGCCGCCGCGGCAGGGACCGAGCCCGGCGCGUACCACACUCGGGCCGCCGCCGCCAGGCAUCGGCCGCGCUCCGCCAAGCCCGGCUCACGCCGCCGCCGCCUCCCUCCCGUCUCCGGUUUCUCUACCAGGAGGGUCAAGUAGGGAUAUGUCCUCAGCACCAACUACUCCUCCAUCAGUGGAUAAAGUAGACGGAUUUUCUCGGAAGUCCGUCAGAAAAGCCAGACAGAAGAGGUCACAAAGCUCCUCCCAGUUUAGGUCUCAGGGCAAGCCUAUCGAGUUAACUCCCCUGCCUCUGCUAAAAGACGUUCCAUCUUCAGAGCAGCCUGAACUGUUCCUAAAGAAACUUCAACAGUGCUGUGUCAUUUUUGACUUCAUGGACACGCUUUCAGACCUUAAAAUGAAAGAAUACAAGCGCUCCACUCUUAAUGAACUGGUGGACUACAUUACAAUAAGCAGAGGCUGUUUGACAGAGCAGACUUACCCUGAAGUAGUUAGAAUGGUAUCUUGCAAUAUCUUCAGAACUCUCCCACCUAGUGACAGCAAUGAAUUUGAUCCAGAAGAAGAUGAGCCCACCUUGGAGGCAUCAUGGCCACAUUUACAGCUUGUAUAUGAGUUUUUCAUACGAUUUUUGGAAAGCCAAGAAUUUCAGCCCAGCAUUGCCAAAAAGUACAUAGAUCAGAAAUUUGUAUUGCAGCUGUUGGAGCUGUUUGACAGCGAAGACCCUCGAGAACGAGACUACCUAAAAACAGUCUUGCACAGAAUUUAUGGCAAGUUUCUGGGUCUUAGAGCAUUUAUCCGAAAACAGAUUAAUAAUAUUUUUCUACGAUUUGUUUAUGAAACUGAACACUUCAAUGGCGUAGCUGAACUGUUGGAAAUUUUAGGAAGUAUUAUCAAUGGUUUUGCUUUACCUCUUAAGGCAGAGCAUAAACAGUUUCUGGUGAAGGUGCUGAUCCCUUUACAUACUGUCAGGAGUUUAUCACUCUUCCAUGCACAGCUGGCGUAUUGCAUAGUACAGUUUCUGGAGAAAGACCCCUCACUCACAGAACCAGUCAUUAGAGGUUUAAUGAAAUUCUGGCCAAAAACCUGCAGUCAGAAAGAGGUCAUGUUCCUAGGAGAGCUGGAGGAAAUCUUGGAUGUAAUCGAACCAUCACAAUUUGUCAAAAUCCAGGAACCCUUGUUUAAACAAAUUGCCAAGUGUGUCUCUAGCCCUCAUUUUCAGGUGGCCGAAAGAGCGCUGUAUUAUUGGAAUAAUGAAUACAUCAUGAGUUUGAUAGAGGAGAAUUCAAAUGUUAUACUUCCCAUCAUGUUUUCCAGCCUUUAUAGGAUUUCUAAAGAACACUGGAAUCCGGCUAUUGUGGCUUUAGUCUACAAUGUGUUGAAGGCAUUUAUGGAAAUGAACAGCACCAUGUUUGACGAGCUGACAGCCACUUACAAGUCAGAUCGUCAGCGUGAGAAGAAGAAAGAGAAAGAGCGUGAAGAACUGUGGAAAAAACUGGAGGAUUUGGAAUUAAAGAGAGGUCUUAGACGUGAUGGAAUAAUUCCAACUUAACAAAAAAACAAAACAGCAUUAUUAACCUGUGGAGUCACACAUUUAUGUAGUAGAAGAUGGAGCAACAGUUUUCUGUAUUGUGCAACUUUACAGUAGAUUUCACAUUUGUUUCAUUAUUACAACAGCACUGUAUAUACCUGUCUCUAAGUAAAGGAAAAAAAUAAGGACUUUAAUCCAAAGUUUGGACAGCAGAUGGACUUCUCAGAACUUUGCAAACAUAAUCAUUGUUUUAACCCUUCUUUAAAACCAGUCUUCAAAGAUCUGUUGAUGAAAAUUGCAAUGUCAAAUUCCAUUGUCAGGACCUGUUCCUUAUUUAUCGUUAGCAGAGAGUAUAAUACAACUUUCAAAUGUGAACAAUCUUAAAAUUUAGCUUGUCUUUCUGCUAAACUGUUAAGUGUAUUUAUAGUAAAAGAGAAAAAAGACUGUCAUUUCCUUAUGAGUUUGUGUAACAUCCUCCUUCUCUGGAUAACUUUACUGUAAUUUGACUUUUUUUCCUUUUGCACAUCUUCAUAAGUUGAAUGUCCAUUCAGAUCAGGGCCAUGAAAAACAUAGGUCCUGAAUAAAAGUUUUGUUUACUGGUGUGAGCAUUUUUUUAGUACCAGGCUGUCUCUGGUGCUUCCUUAAUUUGAACAUUAGGAGUUAAAAAACAAGUAGGUGAUAAACAUAGUAGGAAAGGGAGCUUUGGAUUCAUGCACCUAUUUAUUGCAAAUCCAAGUUAGUGUCCACAAUCCUUUAAAAAUGGGCGGUGGUAACACCCUGGACUUCAGUACCUAACCAGUAUUAGUGAUACGGCAUUGGACAUACAUACCGGAGUUGUUUUAGAAAUACUAAUUGCUAAAUUAUUACAGUAUGUUUUUAUUGGACCAUUUCGAAAAAAUAAAGACAAACGCUAAACAGUGCAAGCAUGAAAUUGAUCUCCAGUGGACAUGGAUCUAAUUGGAAAUUGAGUUGAGAUAGCUGUUUGGACUGUUUGGAGUUGUUGCCUUACUUUUUAAUAUGUAUUUAUAAAGUGUUCCAGCAAAAGAGGAUGUAGCCUCUAAGAAACAUACUAUAGUGUUUUUGUGGUUCUAGUACUAUUACUCAUCACAGUACCAGCCCUAUGGUCUUAGCUGGAAAGGAUUCUGGAUAAUAUACUUCUGCAUUCUCAUCUGGAUGCUCAUUCCUAACUACUGUAUUUGUUACCAAAAGUGGUUCUACAAAUGCUACUGAAAAAAAUUCUGGAAAUCCUAAUGUUCUGAGUAUUAAUAAUAAAGUUUAAAAUGCUUUUAUAUCAAAGGUGCAUUGUGACCAAAUUGUUUAAAACAAAAGAAAAAAAAAAUACAAAAACAAAGAAGAGGGCUGUAUUAUAAGUAUACAUUAUUGGCUAUCUGCUUUGUAUUUGAAAGUGGAAUCUUACAUCUUUGGUAGGUAAAAUGCUGAUAAGACUUAUGUACAGUAUAUAUUUAGCUAAUGCAGUUGCAUUAUUAUAUACCGAAAGGUAUGUGUUUCAGGAUUUUUCUCCAGGAUGCUUUUGAACUGUUAUAGACAUAUGACAACAGUGAAUUGAUAAUCCUAAACCAUCAAUCCAGCAGUAUUUACAGUAUAAAACUGAAUUGGUGUUCAUGAGUCUUUGUGAUAGUUGCAAAUAUGAAUUUAUGACCUGUUGCCAUUGAUAGAAAUACAGUAUAAAUACAAGCUUGUAUAUUUUUCUUCCUACCAUUUAAAUAUACAGUAGGAUUUGAAGUUUUCUUGUUUUCAGGCACAGAAAAGCGGUAAAAAAGAAUUCCCUCCUAGACUACUGACUGUUUCAGGAUUAUCAGGUCACAGUUUGUACUCCUGGGUCUGCGUACACAAAUGUUGUAAACUCAACGAUUUUGUAAAAACUUGACACUGUUAAUUCUGAAAAAAAAGUGGAACUAGUCAUAUGCAACACCAAACACGACAUGGUUUAACGGGAUUAAUAUGAGCUUCUUUUAAGAACACUGACUGGGACGCAAUGUAAAUUAGGCAGUUACUGUCAUAGUUGAAACAUUUUAUUUUAAAGUGCUGAAGCAAAGGUGCAAGCUGAAAUACUGAAGAUUAAAUAAAUUUAUAACAAAUCAUGUCCCUUA